CGUGUUAUUUUCUUACCCCUCAGAUUGGGCAUGACUGUACGGGCUAGGUCGAAGGACUAACCAUUCAGUCUGCCAGCCAGCAAGACAGCAGGGGGAAGGAGAAGGAGAGAGAAGCUGACCACCAGCCCGGGACCCUUGACCUUCGCUGGAGAAGAUGGCGGAGCCAGACGAGGAUAGAGACCAGGCAGGGAAGCUCUUUGAGAGCUUCAUUCAGGCCUCCACAUGCAAAGGAGCUUUACAGAGCUUCAACCUUUUGUGCAGGCAGCUGGAUUUGGACCCUCUGGACCAUGAGACCUUCUACAGCAGCCUGAAGGCCAAGCUCACCUCCUGGAGGGCCAAGGCUCUCUGGAGCAAGCUGGACAAAAGGACCUGUCACAAGGAGUACAGGAAAGGCCAGGCCUGCCUGGGCACCAAGUGCCUCAUCAUCGGUGGAGGCCCCUGUGGCCUGAGGACGGCCAUCGAGCUGGCCCUGCUGGGGGCCAAGGUGGUGGUCAUCGAGAAAAGGGACACGUUCUCCAGGAACAACGUUCUCCACCUGUGGCCCUACACCAUCCAUGACCUCCGCGGCCUCGGGGCCAAGAAGUUCUACGGCAAGUUCUGUGCAGGGGCCAUAGACCACAUCAGUAUUCGUCAGCUCCAGCUCAUGCUGCUGAAGAUCGCCCUGCUUGUAGCUGUGGAGUUCCAUGUCAAUGUGGAGUUUGUCAAACUGCUGGAGCCUCCAGAAGACCAGGAGAAUGCAGGGCCAGGAUGGAGGGCAGAGAUCCGUCCAGCUGAUCAUCCUGUGGCUGACUUUGACUUUGACGUGGUGGUGGGGGCUGAUGGCCGCAGGAAUACUCUGGAAGGCUUCAAAAGGAAAGAGUUCCGGGGUAAGCUGGCUAUUGCCAUCACUGCCAACUUUAUCAACAGGAAUACCACAGCCGAGGCCAAGGUAGAGGAGAUCAGUGGGGUGGCUUUCAUCUUCAACCAGAAAUUCUUCCAUGACCUUAAAGAGGAGACAGGUGUUGACUUGGAGAACAUUGUGUACUACAAGGACAAAACUCAUUACUUUGUCAUGACGGCGAAAAAACAGAGUCUCCUGGACAAGGGAGUCAUCAUUCAUGACUACAUCGACACAGAGAUGCUGCUGAGCAGCGAGAAUGUCAACCAGGAAGCUCUGCUGGGUUACGCCCGCGAGGCUGCCGACUUCGGCACCAACUACCAGCUGCCUACGCUGGACUACGCUAUGAACCACUGCGGUCAGCCCGACGUGGCCAUGUUCGACUUCACCAGCAUGUACGCCUCGGAGAACGCUGCGCAGGUCAGGGAUCGCUUUGGGCAUCAGCUCCUGGUGACUCUUGUUGGAGACAGCCUGCUGGAACCUUUCUGGCCAAUGGGGACGGGCUGUGCGAGGGGCUUCCUGGCUGCCUUUGACACGGCUUGGAUGGUGAAGAGCUGGGCUCAGGGCAGGUCCCCUCUGGAAGUCCUGGCAGAGAGGGAGAGUUUAUACCGGUUGCUGCCACAGACGACACCGGAAAACAUUGCUAAGAACUUUGAGCAGUACACCUUAGACCCCGGGACCCGCUACCCGAACCUCAACUCCUCCUGUGUCAGGCCACACCAGGUGCGUCACCUGUACCUCAACGGUGAGCUCAAGUCCUGUUCUCUGGAGCGCGCAGCCACGAUUCGACGGCCCGUAAAUCUGGCCAGGAGAGAGUCAGAGAUCAGGCCGGGACGACUGCUGACCUGGUGUCAGAAACAGACAGAAGGCUACCGGAACGUGGAGGUGACGGACCUGACCUCCUCCUGGAGUACUGGCAUGAGCCUGUGUGCCCUCAUCCACAGGGUCAGGCCACAGCUCAUAGACUUUGAUUCUCUCAACGUGGAGGACGUGGCAGAGAAUCUCCAGCUGGCCUUUGACGUCGCGGAGCGAGAGUUUGGGGUCCGGCCGUUCACUUCUGGAAAACUGCUGGCUGGUGGCCAGGAGAUAGACAAGCCAAGCAUGGUUUUCUACCUGUCCAAGUUCUACGAGUUGUUCAGGGGUACACCCCUACCUGCCUCAGAUUCUAAAGGGGCUGAUGAAAACACGGAAGACCUUCCUUCAAAGGCAGUGCACGGUUUUAACAAGGCCCUGAACUUCACCCUGCCAAGGAAACGGGUGCCCAAGGACGAUAAGAAGCUGGAGGAUACUGAUCCCACCAAGAGGAGACGGAAAGUGGGCAGCUACCUGGAAGAGGCCACCCUCUCCAGCCAGAGUGGCUCUUCAGGCGGGGAGGGCAGGGAGCCCAAGGAGAACAAGGUGCGCUCCAUGGCCACGCAGCUCCUGGCCAAAUUUGAAGAGAGCAACCCCAGCUGCAGCCUCCGCAGACAGUCUGAGAGUGUGUUGGGGUCUGGGAGGAGUCCUCGGCCGCGUUCUCUGGACAUGACUGAAACGCCACGCUUCAUCAACCUUGCCCAGCCCAGCCCACUUGCACCUCCCAUUCAAAGACAGGGUUCGUCUGCAACCUGUGUCCAAUAUGUGAACUUGGUUAAGCUCCCACCCCAUCAUCGAACCAAGCCCCCACCACCCAGGCCUCCACCCAAACCCCAGCUCCAGCCCGAGCUCCAAGCCCAGCUUCAGUUGCAGCUCCAGCUUCUGUCCCAGCCCCAACCCCAGCUCCAGCCUCAACUCCCGCUCCAACCAUCAUGCAAAUCCCCCCCUAGCCCAAAACAUGCUCUCAGGAAGAUCCAAAAGGAUGAUAAGUCCAGGUCCCAGUCCCAGUCUGAACUAGAGAGUCCAGACUAUCCAGGCUACUCUCCCUCCUGCCACUCCGCAGUGCUAGCCAUGUCUAGAAUGCUCCAACGCCUUCAGGAGGUGGAGGAGCAGAUCACCCAGAAGAAAGCGCAGACCCAGCAUGCUAGAGAGUUUCUUAAAAAGAGUGUGAAGGAGAAAGCUGUCCAUCUGAAGGCCUUGGUCUCAGGAGACCCCACCUCCACGCCUGAGGCCGAUCCCUCUGCUCCGAUCCCACCAUCGCCUCCUCCCCCCUCUCCCAAAAUCACUCGCCAUCUUAGACCCGACUUCACCCGUCUGUCCUUCUCUCCUCCUCCCACCUCAUCCUCACCCUCACCCUCAUCCUCUGUGCUUCAUCAGCAGUCACAGGCCAGUAAAUGUCAGGGACUCGAUAUGCAAUUUAGUAAGAAGGCAACACUGAGAGCACCCUUGAAUCAGUCACUUGUGUGCAAUAGCAGUGGCCCCACAUAUGUUUCCCAGAGUCAAUACACGGCCAUGCUCCAGCCUAAGAAGGAGCCUGUUUUUAAUCCCCUCAAACAGCGGACAGUAGGGAAGGUGUCUCUGGCCAUAGGAGCCAGAGCUGAGGCCCUUGUCAGUCUUUAUGAUAACGACCACAGGCCUAAAGCCUCCCUGUCCUCCCCCCCCUGCUCUCCUCCCUCCUCGCCCCUGACAUCACCGGGUUCCUUGCGGCGGGAGUUCCCCCAGUCUGGAGACAAGUGUCACUUCUGUGAGCGGCGCGUUUAUGUGGUGGAGCGGAUCUCUGCUGAGGGGCUCUAUUUCCACAGGGAAUGCUUUCGCUGCGACACCUGUGGCUCGGCCCUGCGUCAGGGAGGCCAUGCCUUUGACUCUGAGCAGGGAAAGCUGUACUGCAAACUACAUUUCACUCAACGCAAAAAUGGAAUUAUUAAACCGAGGACUUUCAAUUCACACUCGAUUCAGAAUGGAAUGGCGGUGAGGGAGGGCACUACUUCCCAAACCUCCAAUGGCGUGGCCCCUCAGAUGACUGACAACACGCAGAGCCAAUCAGCAGGUACCCUGAGCUCUCGCCUGAGGAAGAGCCUAAGCUGGCCUUUGAGUGUGACCCGGGCUGUGUGUGACUCCCCCCGCCGCCUGUCCCACUGGCUGCAUGGUACAGCCCGCACCCUGGGGGUGCACCUGAGAGCCAAUGCCCAGGACUAUGCCUUCCUGUAUGAGCUGCUGACCCUGGGUCUGCCCCUGCUGUUCUCCAUGCAGGAGGUGCUGCUGCAAAUGUAUACCGAGGCCGGGCCCGGGCCCGGGCCUGGGGCUCUCACCCUCCAGCCUGUUCUGCUGUGGCUGGAGGAACAGCUGGGCCAAAGGCUCAUCUAGACGCUCGUCCGCAAAGGAUGGCCUAACCCCUGACCUUUAACCCCUAACCCUAGUGCAAUAAGGUCUGUGGCCUGGCUGAACAUUUUAACCGGCUCGUCCUGUUUAAACCUGUCUUGUCAUGUGAUGGCAGGCUAACGUUUGACUACGUGCACAUGCACCUUGGUAGUAUUAGCUGACUUAUUAGGGUUGUAAAUGGGCAGUUGAUGUGUUUCUCCUACCAAAGAAAAGAUAGGUGCGUGCCAUGGGAUGUUAUAUACUGUAUGUGGUCCCUGGGUGGUCAGUAUCAGUCAGGUGUCGGUCUCACUGCUGAAAACAUCUACGUUGCUGUAGAGUUGAGUGUAUUAUUAACUGGCUUGGACUGAAUAAAGCCGGUUGUUCAAUUGCUUAACUGAAGUGUAGGUCUAAUUUUAUUGAUCCAAUAAUAACGUUUUUGAAAAGACUGACUUGAAGCACUUUACCUUAUGGAGCUGUGUUGGCCUGUGCCUCUGACACAUGAUGUAAUGGAGUUACCGUUUGGUUAGCUUUCUCCAUACCAUGUGUGUCCCAGUCAGUAGUGACUAGACCUGUGCUGAUGCUAAAGGCCUUACUGUAUCCUACUGAUGCAAAGCCACGUAGCUGUGACCAGUCUCAAGUCUGGGUCAGGAUGUGUGGAUCUGUUACUGCAAUCAUCUGGGUCUCAGGUUCUCCCAGAUCAUUUCCUUCUGACACAUGCAAUCACAGGUUCAACAAGAGUUUUUUUUUUUAUGAUACUCUGACUGUAGUGUAAAAGUUAUUUUCACUAGACUUCAUUAUUAAUCAACAUUGGUUUAUAUGGUUUUAUUUGAUGUGUUAUUUGCUGUGUGAGUGUGUUUGUGUCAUACUCAUGGACUGUUUCAAUCUGAUUCCCUGCUGCCAUCUGCUGUUUAGUCUUGAACCCGUAAAAGAAGCUAAAUUCAUCCUACUGAAAAUAUUUGGGAUUGGGAAAAUUGGAGAUAGGCUUCCUAAGACUUCAUAACAUACAUUGGGGACAAACCAACAUAUGUACAGUAUUGUAGGUGUUGUUGAAUCCUUUUUAACAACAUACACAUGUUGGGACCUUUUUUAUUGCCUGAUUUGAUUUUGACUGUUUAUGCAUAACUCUGUUCAUAACUCUGGAUGUGCUAUGUGGUUGUGUGCUCGUCUCUAAUUGUCCUGUGUUGAUAACCUUGAUAAGUAAUAAUACUGUCACAGCAUCUUUGUACAACAAACCUAAGAUUGAAAGUCAGCUGCAUGUUUACAUUGUAUUCAAAUUAGAAACAUUUACCAAGUCCAAUUUUAAAGCACUUUAGAGAGUAAAUAAUCUUCCCCUAACUGGAAUAUUUUGACUGUUUAAAUAUGUCCAGUGUUUGGUCUGCAACACGCACGGUCCCUUCUAGGUCAGACAGUUUGUAGUAAUAAUCUUUAGGCUAAAAGAUCCAUGUUGGCUCUUUUAUUUUCAUUCCUCAUGUUUCUGAGGAAACAAUGUAUUCCUGAUUUACAAUGUAAUGGUUAUACUUCACAUUUACAAACCAUCUGUGCCUUUUUAAUAGAUAGAUGUUCUUUCUCUUUCCUGGAUUUUAACUCAUGUCCUUUCUUUCAUCUCUUAUUCCUAUUCCUGAUUCUCUUGAAGCUUGUUUACAAGUUUCCGAAGCUGAGUCUUCUGAUUGGUUAGGAGACAUGACCUUCUGAAGGUGAUCAACUGCAUGAUCAUGACAGUGUGGUGGUGUGUUAAUCUAAAUGACACCUGGUCAGAUUUGUAACCAUGACAUCUAUAUGUGUUUGCACUUCCAAAUAAACCCCAAAUGGACUCUACUCUCUACUACUAAUGUGUAGAACCUCCACCUUCAAUGGCAUCAUUUUUUUGUUCAUACUCCCUCUAAGGCAAAGUAAAGGGUUGUAUAGGAUGUUGUACCCAGUCUCAGCAUGCUCAUUAAAGUGCUUUGAUGUUUUGCAUUUGCUCCUACCAGCCUAACGCCUAUUGAAAGAGGACAUGUUUUGCGAAGCUUUCUUUGCUCAGUCGUAUCCCUGUGUUGCUCUCCACUCUCUCCCUCUUGUCUCCACCCAGAAGCUGCCACCCGAGAGCGCUCUCUUGACCAACACAUGCAGGGGGGACUAUCCUCCCAUGGUGUUCAUUCAGUGCCAUACUUUAACAGGUUAAACACAAUUGUCGUGUGAAUUCAACAAUUUGCCAUAGGACUUAACAGGGAACCUGUCACAAUAAAAUGGCAUUUCUGUAUCUGCAAGAAUUGUGAAAUAAAAAAUGAGUGUAUUUAA